AUGAUUGUCAAGGAAGGGGCGGUUUCCAUCAAGAUGAAGCAAGGCCUCGUAAUGAGAUCAAGCCGAUUGUAUACACGCAGGUACUCCUUUGCUUACAACAGCAGUGAGCCGAAGUUCAAACAAGAAAUUCAGCAAAUGAUGUACAUCGCCGGGGAGACGCAAGAUCCGUCCACUGAAACAAUCGCCCUCGUCGAGAACAUCAUUCAUGAUCAGGUUGUCCGUUUGCUAACCACGGCAAGCGACCUUGCGCGGCGGCGCGGGUCCCCUGUUUUCUCCAAAGACGAUCUGAUCUUCCAGAUCCGGCAUGACGCUUCCCGUGUCGCUCGCCUGCGAAACCUACUUGUUUGGAACACUGUCCGCCGCAAGGCCAAAGACGCCGAAGAAGUCGAGGACGCGGGGAAUGACGGCGGGGAGGUCAUGGCUGACGAUGAUGCGGAAGACCAGGAUGAGGAGUCGGCGGCGAGGGACAGCAGGCUGCCGGUCAUCGCGCUACCGUGGGAUAUCCCAUCGUACUUUUCGGAAGCGGCCCCAGCGCCGAGCGAAGGAGAAGAGCCAGACGAAGCUGCGACUGAAGCCAAGCUGGAGAGGCUACGCCGUGCCUCGGAAAGGACGCGGAACAUGACGGUGGCCGAGUACGCCACCUGGUCCGAAUAUCGUCACGCCUCUUUCACGCGCCGCAAGGUCAAGCGGUUCCGUGCGUGGUCCGGUCUGGGCGUCAUUGCCGAGCAUAAGAAAAACGACGAUGUCCUAGACAUCAUCGGCCUGAUCACGUCCGAAAUGGUCCACAAGCUGACGAUGGUGGCUAUGCGCAUUCAGAAGGAGGAGAUGCUACGUCUGGAAAAUGCAACCCGAUUGAGCAGUCCCGCAAAGCCGACGGCCCCUGUCGGCUUAUUUGCUCAGCCCACGGAGGCCAGGAAGGCGGUCGAGCCGAGACACGUUCGGCAGGCUUUUCAGAGGAUACACGCAAAGCUCUAG